AUGGAGGAAUCAUUGAGGCACUUAGACGAAAUGAACGAAGAACUCAGUUCCCAGGUGGAAGGUCGAGAAUUCGAUAAAAGCUAUAUCCAGCCCUCGCCAAUUUGCCACUUACACUACAAGCAUACUUCCCAGCUCAACAAACCUAAUCCCGGUGAAUUUUGCAAUGAUAAGGAGUCGGUUGCUGAUAUUACAUCCGAUACGCCUGUAGAACAAGUGUACCAGUACAAGGUCAAAAAGAAGAGCUCAAGGAGAAAGCCGUGGAGGCACUAUUCAGGAGACUUGAGCGCUACUCUGCCGCGAACAAGUCGUUGGGAAUGGUCGAGCUUAUUCCACACACUAAAGGCUGAAAACUUGCUACAGGCCAAGAAUUGGAAGUUCAUAACGUUUCAGAACGACUUUUUGAGCAUGAGGACUGAACGAGCUGACCAAACCUUUGCCGCUCUCGUAUGUAUACGGCAGCUCUCCCCUUGCCGUAUGUUCUACACACCCCUAAGUGCUACAUGGAAAGACAUGAUACCCAAAACCUGGAGAAAUGUUCUAACUUUAUCUAGAGACUGGGUAUUUAGAUGGAUUUUCAAGGCCACGGAGUAUAGGGGCUCAGAAACCAGUGCCAAGAGCAAGAAGGUCGCCUUCUUGCACACGGGAAGGAUGGUAUCAUUCGAGAAAGGCCUUCUCGCUAUGACGAGCGGUUUUAUCUUAAUGAUACCUGUCGGGAUCUUGCUCCGUCGGCCGACGGAUAAAUGGAAAUGUCUAGCAGUAGUAGUCUGCUUCGGCGCGGCAUUUAUCUUCGUCAUGGUUCUCCUAGACAAGAAGCUUGACAAAAUGCUUAUCGGCUUCUCAGCCUACUCGGCCGUUUUAGUCACGUACAGUUCCUACGAUAGCUGA